AUGGAGAUGGAGAUGGAGAUGAUCUCAAGGGAGAACAUCAAGCCCUCUACACCAACACCUGAUCAUCUGAGAGUCUACAAGAUUUCACUUCUUGACCAAAUCAUCCCUCCUGCUUUUGCUCCGGCAGUCCUAUACUUUGCUCCCGACUCGACAUCCGUUUCUCAAAGAAUCCAGCUUCUGAAGGAUUCACUUGCUUUAACUCUCACUCACUUUUACCCUCUUGCCGGGGUCGUUAGAGAUGCUUUCUCUAUAGACUGCAACGACGAAGGCCUUCCCUUUUUUGUGGCUAACGUUAAAGGCCUACUGAGAGAUUUUCUUGAUCGCCCUGAUGUUCUAUUCAUCAGCAGAUUGAUUCCUAGUGAGUUCAGUUGGGACGAGGGUGCCGGUCCAGGCGCAAAUGUGGGAACAGUACAACUGAACUAUUUUGAUUGUGGUGGAAUGGCAAUCUGCCUGAUGUUAUCACACCAUAUAGCAGAUGCGACCACAGCCUGCACAUUUUUCAAAUCUUGGGCCGCCGCUGCUAAUGAUUCUGCCCAAAACUUGAGUCCGGAUUACAUCGCUCAAUCGGCUUUCCCACAACAGCCUUCCAUGCCAAAAGAAUCAUAUUUGUUCUAUCCUCUACAGAAAUUCAUGAAAAUUGGAAAGUUUGUCACGACGAGAUAUGUGUUUGAUGCCUCAGCUAUAUCCACUCUCAAGGCCAAAUCAACCAGCUCAAACGAUAACCAUUCGACCCGUGUUGAAGUCGUGUCGGCCUUCAUCUGGAAAUGCUUCAUGGCAGCUGUUGAGGAAGAAUCCAGCAACGAUCACAAGCCCUUUCUGCUCACUCACCCUCUGAACCUGAGACGACGAGCCGAACCGCAGUUUCCGGAGAACAGUUUUGGCAACUUCUUGUGGAUGGCAGCAGCACAGUGCGGUAACCCGACGGACAAAGACUUGAAGGAAUUGGUGAAAGAAGUGAAAAGGGCAAUGGGAAGAGUAGACAAGCAGUUCAUGAAACGUAUGCAGAGUGAAGAUGGGUACUAUGAGAAUGUUGAGGAGCUGAGACAGGGAAUUCCUGAGGAAGCUAACUGGUUGGCUUUCAGCAGUUGGUGCAAGAUUGGUUUCUACGAGGUUGAUUUUGGUUGGGGAAGGCCUGUUUGGCUGUCGGGAUUUGUCUCUGGGGAUUCAGACACGGUGUUGCCUAAUAGUGCUACGUUGGUGGAGACGAGAUCAGGGGAUGGGAUAGAAGCGUGGGUGAUUCUUGAUGAACGAUAUGCUGCAGCCUUUCAGAAGAAUGAGGAGCUUCUUCUUUGUGCUUGCUUUAAUCCCACUGUGUUGUAA